AUGGUUAUCGCUGAAGAGUUCCACAACUGGUGGAACUUUCCUCCGUGCUGCGGUGAUUUGUUGUGGACACAGGACCCUGGUUUGUCCAUUGGUUGGACCAGUGACAGUGGGAUCCUGGCCAACUCUGCCUUUGGUAAAGCUCUGAAGAUUGUUUGCACCAAAGAUUUUAAGCUUGAGGUAAAGACCGUCACUGCUGGACACAACAUCACCCUGACAUGCCCUCGCCAGAGCUCUGUUCUCUACCCAGAAACUUAUUACUGGAUCCGCCUUGUUUCUGGAAAAUGGCCUGAAUUUCUCAGGGCAACAUUUAACUCUAUGGAUGAUAUAUCCAAGAUUCGCCACAUUCAGACAAAACAAGACAGGGGAGAAUUUCUUCUUGAAAUAAAUGAAGCUUGGCAGAAUGAUACUGGACUUUAUUACUGUAUUAAAGUCAGACAACUUGACUUCAGUUUUGUAAAAGGAACAUUGUUAAAGAUUGAAGGUAAGAAUGUAAAUGUUGUUCUUCAGAACCCUUCAUUUGGUCCACAUCAUGCAGGAAACCCAGAGGCUUUACAGUGCUCUGUUCUGUCUAACUCAGAGAGGUCAACAUGUCCAGCAGAUAACAGAGUGUACUGGUUCAGAGCUGGGUCAGAUGACUCUCAUCCCAGUCUACUUUAUCUACAGGGAAACAGUUUAGAUGAAUGUGAGAAGAGUUUAGAAGCUCCAUCAAUACAGAAAUGUUUCUACAACUUCUCUGAGACUGUAGACCCUGGAACUUAUUACUGUGCUGUGGCUGCAUGUGGUCAGAUAUUAUUUGGAAGCGGAGCAAAACUAAAUGGUGCUGGUGUGCAAGAUUCUUUCAAAAUAGUUCUGUAUUCAUUGUGCACAGCUUUGAUGAUAAGUCUGAUUGUAACAUUUUGGCUCAUUUAUAAAAUUAAGAGUAACAAAUGUGGUUGUUGCAAUGAUCCUGUGUCGAGGGUUGGAGAGAAUCUGCAGGGAGGGGAAGUGGGAAAGUGUGCCACGCUGUACAUCUCUGGCAAAGACAGUCAGCUUGCGCUCAAAUGA